AGGGAGUACACAAACGUUACAGGCGCGGAUCCGAAUAUUCUGCGGUGCGAGGCGCUGUUAAUAAAUAGUCGGGCUCCCCACUGCUGGUGUGGAAGUCUCCCGAAGAAACGAACGGAGCGCGAAAACAGAUCUAUGAGUGAGCAACUGAAGCGCGACUACGAGAUCGGCGAGGAGAUCGGCCGCGGGCGGUUCGGCGUGGUCCACCGCUGCGUCUCCCGCGCCACGGGUGAGCCCUUCGCCGUCAAGUCCGUGGACCGCUCCCUCCUCGCCGACGACCUGGACCGCGCGCUGGCCGAGCUGGAGCCCAAGCUGGCGCGGCUGGCCGGCGGAGAGGGCGACGAGAACCCGGGCGUCGUGCAGGUGCGCGCCGUGUACGAGGACGACGCCUGGACGCACACCGUCAUGGACCUCUGCACGGGGCCCGACCUGCUGGACUGGGUCCGCCUCCGUCGCGGCGCGCCCGUGCCGGAGCCCGACGCCGCGCGCGUCGUCGCGCAGCUCGCCGAGGCGCUCGCGGGCUGCCACCGCCGCGGCGUCGUCCACCGCGACGUCAAGCCCGACAACGUGCUCCUGGACCUGGACCCCGCAGGCGAGACACCCCCGCGGGUGCGGCUCGCGGACUUCGGCUCCGCCGCGUGGCUCGGCGGCGGCGAGGGCGGCGGCCGCCGCCGCGGCGCCGAGGGGCUGGUGGGCACCCCGCACUACGUGGCGCCCGAGGUGGUGGCCGGCGGCGAGUACGGGGAGAAGGUGGACGUGUGGAGCGCCGGGGUGGUGAUGUACGCGCUGCUCUCGGGCGGCGCGCUGCCCUUCGGCGGCGAGACGCCCGCGGACGUGUUCGCGGCCGUGCUUCGGGGCAGCCUCAGGUUCCCGCCCGCGCUGUUCGCGGGGGUGUCGCCGGCGGCCAAGGACCUGAUGCGGCGGAUGAUGUGCCGCGACGUCUCGAGAAGGUUCUCCGCCGAGCAAGUCCUCCGGCACCCGUGGAUCCAGAGCGGAGGGGGAGUCCGAGAGGUGGUUCGGCCAACGCCAACCUGAGGAGCCCACGGGGCUCCUCAGGUUUGGAACGAGACCGGAACCGAUCGUGUAUCAUCGUAGCGAUGCGGUGUGUUGUCCCCGACGAGUUUUGUGCAGACGCCUCUGUAUAUCCAGCAAGUAGGCGGCGGCGGCGGCGGCGGCGGCGGCGAGGAGUGUGAGACACUGAGACUGGAGAUCGUCGCUCCGCCGCGCGGCGGCGGCGCCCGGGUGUGUGUGUGUGACGGUGACCUGGGCCGUUUUCCUCUUUUCCUUUUUGGGCUUUUUUUUUUCCCGGCCGCCCUGUGUGCUUUUGGGAGUAUAAAAGUGUAGUGCGACGGUGAUGUAUGCACGUCUGUCUAGUCUAACCGUGCAUGUGUUAUGUGUACAAAUGAAUAAGUACUACUAGUAGAUUUGGGCCUUGUUUAGUUCCAAAAUAUUUUGCAAAA